CCCUGGAAUGUAGUCGCGCUCGGAGCUCCUUUGAGCCGCCUGGCCGCAGACCCGGAAGCGCGCAGCGGUCUCUUGUUUUGGAGUAUUGGCGCCAAAGGACAUCCGUUUUAACGGAGGGAAAAGUGGACAUGUCGGCGACCGGGCGUUCUGGCCACACCCUUUGAUUACCACGGAUGGCUCAACGCGUCCUGAGCUGUCGGCAGACAAAGGGUGGGACUCAAGAGCGCCCCCGCUCCGGUGUGAAAGAGGGAACUUCCGGCCCCAGAAAUCAGACCAUAACAAAUUUCUUUAAACCGUCUCAAAACUCAGACUUAAGCACUCUCAACUCCCCGCACAAAAGAAGCAAUGAGUCACUUAAUCUGCUGUCUUCAGGAGUGGAAGCCAAGAAAACCCCUUCAAAAAGGAGGAGAAUCGCAGUUGGAUCUCCUACUAAGAGUCCGAUUAUGGAAGCUUUUCUGCAAAAAGGAAAGACCCAAAACCGUUCACUUGUAAGCAAAGCACCUGGAUAUAAUUCACCAUAUGGUUCAGACAAAGGCUCUGAAGACCGCCGUAUCAUACGUGAACACAAAUACUCUUCGAACGUUUCAAGUUCGCAGACCUCGAGCAACGGAAGCUCCCAAAACAAUGACCUCUCUGAAUACCUGUGCAUCGGAAAGUCAAAGAGCGAGCUGCUUGAACAUCCAAAUAGUUUAAGUUCAACAUCAGUUAAAGAAGUUACCGGCUUAAAAUCGGGAACAUUCACAAAAGGGAGUAGCCUCUCGCGUGCGUCGCCCCGCUCCAAGGACGGUUCUCCUAUAGUCUCUGGUGCUUGUAACGUAGCUGAAGAUGACCGUAUAGAAGCGAUUUUGGGGGGAUUGGCCGAUUUUCCUUCUGCUCACCCGAACUGUAAUGCUGCAGUGAACGGUAGCUUGACUCAUCCACAGCCUACAAAGAAUUCUUUACUCGAAAGGAGUUCCUGUUCAAAGACUGAACAUUCUUCUUCAAAAGGUGCUUUUCAGAGGAACAGGAGUCAUAAAAGACUAAGAUACAGUUCGGACAGCGAUGGAAGUGAUGUCCAAUGUUCUAGAUUAAGCACUGAUGAUGAUGAAGAGGAAGAGCUCCAACCACUGGAAGAAAUUCUGAGUCUUGUGUCAAAGCCUCUCCCUCCUACACCCCAGAAAUCUUCAACAAAGCCUGACAAAAAGACGACUUUUAAGACCAACAAUACUCGGCCAUACGUGAACAGCUUGGACAAGCUUGUAAAGGAGAAAAUUGAAAAUGAAAGGUUAGCUGAUAUGGAAAAGAAGCUAAACGAAGAUCUGGAGAGGGGAUUGGGAAUGUUAUCGACACAAUACAUGGAAAGCUCUGACGAAGGAGAACUGGAAGAAGAGCACAAGAUUUUCAUGAAUAAAUAUUCCAUGGUGUCCAAUACUAUACCUGAUGAGCAUCCGGGGGAAGAAAUAUUCUGUUUAGAAGAGUCUGGAAACCUCUUCACCCACUGCACACUCGAUCUGAGGAAUUCUAGGUUCUUUGGUCACAGCCCAGAAGAGAACCUCAUAUUUAGCUGCGAUACAGAAAAUCAGAUCCUCUUGGCCACUGAAGGAUUUCUAAGUCACCUGUACAAGUUCCAAAAAUGUCCAGUGUUUCUGAUGAAAUGGUUGUUCCAGAUGUCUUCUGUUCAUCCGUCCUUCUCGGUGUCGCAUAGAACUCUGAACACCUUAAUGGAGAUAACGUGUAACGCCCUUUCCAGUCCAGAAGCACAUAGUCUGUGGACUCCUACGUUGCUGGAUUUGGCUACAGUGUUUGUAAAUAUGGGCGUUAAUUUCGGGACACUCUUUCCUCUUCCACAUCUUCAGCCAACGUUUGGUGUUGAUGACCUGUUAUCGGCAGUCCCUGAAUGCAAAGUUGCUGGAAAAAGUAGCAUUUAUCCCUUAGAACAAAUUCAGAUUCUGGAAAUGCACAUUACCUGUGUGGUCAAGUUUGUAAGCUUUUGUACAGCCGUGCACCCAGAAAGCUUCGACGACCGGGAAGCACUUCUGCUCUUGGUGAUGGUCUUAAAAAUCUAUCUAGAGAAGCGGUUAAGGCACAUUCUCGUUGUGGACUUGCACGGCCUUGUGAAACACCUUCUUCAAAACAUUAAAGACUGGGACACCAAGAUGUCUGAGUUGUGUUUGGCAGUUAGCCAGCUUUCCACGCACCACCACAAUUUUGUGACGCUUGUGCAGCUUAUCCCGGCCUCCGACGUUCGUGGGAGACAGGUGAGGAGACGACUUAGCCUGAUCUUUAUUGCAAAACUCCUUGAUGGAAGCGCGACAUCUGUACCUACAGACUAUGACUCGCAGAUGCUGUUCCUAUGCCACUGCUUUGUUCACAUGAAGCCAACAUCCCUGGUUAAGGAAAUGCUAAAAAAUCCCGAAAACAACUCAAAAACAGACCUUGAACUGGAAUAUGAGGCGUACUACCUGACUUCCAGUCUGCUGAACCUGAUGACCGAUGCUAGCACUUCUGAUGAAAAUCCUUCCGCGCAGAGAAAAUAUGUUCAGAAACUGUGCACUGCACUGGAGAAGCACAUCAAAUGUGAUAUCCACGAGCACGCAAGGUUCUUCUACAGAACACAGGUGAAAGAUUUAGUUGCCAGAAUUUAUGGUAAAUGGCAAGAAUUACUCCAUUACUCCCGACCUAAUCAGGGAAAGCUUCAUGAUUAUUGGGAGCCGGUCCACGAGAACUCAACCCCAGGCACCUCGCAGGAAUGAGAGCAGAAAGGGGUCUUUCAAACCUCGGCCCGGAAUAAACGAUUUAACCUGUUCACAUCUGUUUUAAGGUUUCAUUCAAUUACGUCAAUGGAGUAUAUUGAGCCACGUACAUACUGUAAUUUAUUUUUUGUAUUACACAGACAUUAUUUUGUAAUUAUGUAAAUGCUGUUCCUUUUUACAAAAUGGAACGUUGCUAUUAAACGCUUGUGGAACAGAAUAAAAAAUAAAA